AUGUCAAGUGAUAGAGCAUGUAUGCUAUGCGGUAUUGUGCAAACAACCGGUGAAUUUUCGAGGGAAGGGUGCCCUAAUUGUCAAGGUGUGUUUGAAGAAGCCAGUGUUUCCGUUAUGGAAUGUACAUCGCCUUCUUUUGAGGGUUUAGUCGGAAUGUGUAAACCUACUAAAUCAUGGGUGGCCAAAUGGAUCAGCGUUGACCAAUAUGUGCCUGGUAUGUACGCGAUCAAGGUUGAUGGUCGACUGCCAGCUGAAGUUGUAGAUCUUUUGCCGCAUUAUAAGCCUAGGGAUGGCAGUCAGAUCGAUUAA